AUGUCAGAUCAAUCCUACGACAAUAUCCCCAGCGCUGCCUCGGUCACCUCGGACGAGCUCGACUCUUUACCCUCCACCUCGGCCAGCACAACCUCCAUAUCGCCCUCGGAAGAAGAAUGGCAGUCUGAUGCCGAAAGAGAAUGGAAGGAGUCAUUACAGCAGCUGGAGUUGCUUCUCACAAUGGUCCUUGUGCCUUACUUGGGCAAAUACUUUGGCCGUAAAGCUGCUUAUUGGGUCACAAACCUGGGACUAUUCAAGGGCAUCGGUGCCGUCGAAGCCGCUGCCUCUCUGCGAAGCAGCAUCCUGGCCAUCGACAUCCAGAGUCUAGAGACAGCCGAGGCCGAUGUCUGA